AUGUCGGCCCCUGAAGGCUACAUUCCAGGAUUCGUCUGCACUCUAGACACCUGCUCCGUCGAACAAUGGGGCUUCGUACGCUAUCGACCGAGUGUUCCCGGAAAUGUUAUCUUCCUAGUUAUUAUGGCCGUUCUCGCAUGCGGUCAGAUCUAUCUGGGCAUAGUGCACAAAACAAAGGGCUUCAUGAUAGCCAUUUGCCUUGGCUUGUUGACGGAGACCGUCGGAUACAUCGCCAGGGUUCUCUUGAAUGGGAACCCCUUCAGCAGAGACUAUUUUUUGUGGUACCUCAUCACGCUGACGAUUGGUCCUGUCUUCAUCGCGGCCGCGAUCUACCUGACUCUCGGACGCAUCGUCGUGGUCCACGGGGAGGCCAUUAGCCGGAUCAAGCCUCGGUCGUAUACGACAGCGUUCCUGGGAUGCGAUAUCGUCAGUCUUGUUGUUCAGGCUGUUGGCGGGGGCAUUGCUGCAUCUUCGCCAUUGGAUAAUCCACACAUGAUCAAGGUGGGAACAAACAUCCUCGUCGCAGGUCUCUCGAUCCAGGUUGCUUGUCUGUUUGCAUUCUCGGCCUGCAGUCUUGAAUUCCUCUGGCGCGUGAGAAAGAACCCAGAUCUGCGCAACCCGGAAUUCACAGACCUUGUCAGCAGCAAAAGAUUCAAAAUGUUCUUGUUUGCAAUCUUCGGCGCAACCGCAUUCCUCUUUGUGCGGACCGUGUUCCGUUCUGUCGAGCUCAGCGAGGGUUUUGGGGGGAAGCUGGCCAACCAAGAGGUCGAGUUCAUGAUUCUUGACGGAACCAUGAUUAUACUAGCAUGCCUGUGCCUGACUAUCUGGCACCCAGAAUAUGGCUUUGGUAAAAGGUGGAAUGAGGCUGAAUUCCGAUUCCGUACCUCCAAGGCAAAGGUCAAUCAGGAGGAAGCUUCUCACACCAUUACUCCCGGUAGUAGUGAGAAGGUGGCACUGGAGAUGUCUGCGGAGAGGCUAUGA